AUGUAUUAUCAUGGAGAUUUGUUUAAGAUUGCUGAGUUAGAAGAAGAAUUAUACACAAUGAAACAGGGAGAUUUAACCAUUACAGGAUACUACACGAAGAUGAAGGCAGUUUGGGAAGAAAUUGAAAGCUUCCAGCCAGUUCCUAAAUGCAAGGAUUGCAAUAAAGAGUGUGAUUGUGGUCUUCAAACAAUGAGGAAUUACAGAAGAGAGAAUUAUGCAGUAAGAUUUUUGAGAGGCUUGAAUGAGCAAUAUGGGACUGUGAAAUCCCAAAUAAUGCUUAUGAGACCUCUUCCUACUAUCAAUGAAGUGUUCUCUUUGCUUACUCAACAAGAGAGGCAGCUUCAUGGUCCAGAUCAGGAGGUUAGAAAUUUUGCUGCAGUGGCCAAUUCAGUGCACAAUUUUAACAACUAUGUUCCUAGAGGAAGAGGCCGAGGAAGACGAGCAGGGAGAACUGGAAGAGGUGGUGGAAGGAGCUCAUCUACGACAUGUUCAUAUUGUCAUAUGGUAGGGCACCUUGUGGAUACCUGUUACCACAAACAUGGGUUCCCACCCCACUUCCAAAGGCAAAAAUUAUCACGAGAAGUGAACAAUGCAGCUGUGACAAAUCAGAUAGCCACUGAAGUUGAAGGAAAUAGUGAUUGUACAGAGAAAGAAGAGAAGGAGAGUGAUGUUCAAUCUUUGUCUAAUCAGAAUUUGAGAAACGCACUUCUUACCUUUCUUCAACAGGAGUGUACACAGCCCUGUCAAGGAGCAAAUAUGAGAGAAACCUGCCACACCAAUGCAAAAAAGAGAGGCAUAUUAGGCCAAUUCUGGUCAAGUUACCAAAUGGGACACAAACAACAGCACGAAUAA